AUGACAAACGGCCGCCAAGGUACCGCACUGGAUUCCAAAGACAACGACAAUCCUUUUCAAUUUCAAAGUUUCAAAGAAUUGAAACGUGCCUUUCAAGAGCAGAUGGCGAGAUCAAGAAAACAUAGAGGAGAUGAAUCGGAUUUCAGCGCAGCUGUUAGAGAGAGUAACGACCGAAGGGCCGCUGAGCUGGUCAGCUCAACUUUUUACUAUUGGUCGUCACUUUUGGAUAGUUCAAAUGUGGAUUGCGUCCUCACUCAGGAAAAGCAGUGCGUGCUUAUCGAUUCUACUCCAUCGAUGUAUAGUGGAAGAGAAAGGGCACGAUUUACACUUUGCGUGAAGAACGGCACAAUAGCUUAUCAUUCGAUAAAAUGUGCUGCAAAUGAGCUGAUAGUGACCAACUUAGCGAAAAAAUUGUAUAAAUUUAUAGCUGAAGAAGGCUUGCAGCCUGUGCAACGACAAUACGUUUACCGUGAGGAUCAGCUCGGACCACCCGUCGAAAACCUAGAAUUUCCUUUCGAUGGCAUUUUUGAAGUGGGCAAAGUGAAGCGACGACAGAUCCGAUUUCCCUCAAACAAGGGAAUAUUAGCAAUGGCGAUAGUCGUCGCAAAUUUGAAACCUGAAGAGCGAAAUGUGAUCAUCAAUGAUCUCUGCACAUACAAGGAUUUUGGCUGUUUAAAUACACAACGCCUGUGGGGCAGCAUCGUGACCACUAGUCAGAUAACCAUACUUCUUGAAAAUUCUGCGAUUCAAAGUUUAGCAAGCUAUGUGAGCGCGGAACAAAGAAGCAAUGCAGAGCUGUUGAAGUUUGCACGACAAAUAGCUACAGCAGCUGACUAUUUUGAAAGAGCGAAGUUUGUCCAUAAAAAGCUUUCUUUGGACGUUUGUCUACUGACCGCGGACAACACUGUGAAAGUGGUGGUUUUCGGGCUGUCGACUGGUCUUUUUCCUAAGCGAGUUUAUCUUACUGAUGUAGACAGAUGCAGGUGGAUUCCAUGGGAAUGUUUGAAUAGCAAGGAUGGCACUAAACCAGAACCAUAUGACUGUAAAGCAGUCAUCUGGACCCUGGCUACUAUCCUGUGGAGCAUGUUCCAUCAUGCCGCCAUACCGUUUGAAAAUGAAACCGUAAACGAAAUUCGUGGAAGAGAAUACCGUAAGACAUGCGAACUGGACAUUAUAGGAGACUUACUACCCAAGGGGAUGCUUGAGAUCCUUCAAUCCUGUUGGUCCGAACGCGACAAGAGGCCUAGCUCUCGAAAUGUACUAAAGGCUAUUAAGAAACUGGAACAAUAG